CCACGCGCUUAGUGCAAACCGAAGGCGGUGCGCUAUUGAAAAAUGCGGAUAUAACGUUAUAAUUGCAUAUUUCCCAGCCCCUCCUCCUAACAUACCGCUGCUGGCUGGCUGGAUGCUGGCUGGGCACCCAGAUAAAGGAUUGGCAGAUGGAUAUCGUUUCUCUCUUCCCUCCGACAAGACGCCGGCAGAAACGGGCUCGUAGACACACUACUGAAGUAAGAUUAGCAGAUUUACCUACCUCAGAAGAUACUGAGAAGGAAUUUGAGCAACCUUCAGCUUUACACUACUCAGACGCAGAGAGCAGCUCGUUAAAGGGUGUGGCAUCUGAGGGUGAGUUAAAGUCUAGUUGGGACAGCCUUGAUGCUGAGGCUACUGGAAUCCAUUAUGAAGGCAGCCAGGUGGAGGAGAUGAGUUUGCGUUCGACUUCACAUGUGGACCAUGUGAUCAUGGAGAUCAUAUCAACAGAAGAGACAUAUGUACAAGAUCUUACUGACAUCAUACAGGGCUACAUUUCUCCACUCGAGAGUCAGAUUGGAACACUACAUAUUGAUAUGGUUGAUAUUGAUAACAUUUUUGGAAAUGUGAAAGAUAUAAAGGAUUUUAACAUGUCAGUUCUUAAUUCACUUAAAGAAUGUCGUUGCAGCAGUAAGGGAGUUGGUCAGUGUUUCUUAGACAAGGCUGAAGGUUUCAAGAGUCAUUACAGUGUUUAUUGCAAUAAUUAUCCCAAGGCAGUGCGGAGCAGACUUAUGCCCGGGACCAAGCUCCCCUCUAUUGGGCGGUGGCAAUCAAAGGAGGGCAGUGCUGGUCACACCCACAACAUUAAUGACCGAAUUAGGGGUGCUGCUGGACCAACAGCAUCAGAAUGCGGCAGCACCUCAGGGGGAGGCAGGUUCCGCAAACCUGCAUAACUCGAAACAAUCGGCCGCAGAGCUGGAGGAGUGUGGCGUUCAUCUUAUGCUGGAGAGAUGGGGUGGGAUCCUUUUCAAGCAAUCUGU